AUGGGGAUGCACCGACAAUAUGUGCCGCUCGACUCCACCAAGGGGGGCAAGUCCUCCGCUGCAGUGCUGGUGGUGGCGAUGGUCGGCAGUGUCGCCAUUCUCGUCAUCUCCGUGUUCAUCGGCGUAAAGCUCGCGCAAAUGCAGGGCAUGGAACCACCGCCACCGCCCGCGAAGCUGCCGCCUCCCCCCGUGAACAUCACUAUCACGUCCAAGAUCCAGAUGGCCCUGAUGUUCCUGGAGUCGCAAAAAUCGGGUAAGCUCGACCCGGACUUUCCCGUCACGUGGCGAAGCGACUCGGGCUUGCAGGACGGGCGGGAUCAGAACCGGGAUCUGCGAGGCGGGUACUACAUCGGCGGGAGCAACAUCAAGUACCACUUCCCGAUGGCGUACACCGUGACCAUGCUGUGCUGGGCGCUGCUGGAAUACGAAUCCGUGUUCCGGCUCGUAAAUAUGCACAACGAAAUGGCGGAGCUUAUUGACUGGGGUGUACAGUACAUCCUCCGUACAAGAUACGAGGACCUCAUUUUUGCUCAGGUGGGCACGCCCGAGAUCGACGACGUGUGUUGGAUCCGGCCGGAGGACAUGAAGCCCGCGCAGCGCCCCACCAUGUUCCCCUGCGACAUCGCGCAUCCCUGCUCCGACCUCGCUGGCGAAUACUCCGCCGCGCUCGCUGCCGCUUCGCUCACCUUCCGCGUAGGCAACCCCUCUUACGCGGACGUGCUUUUGCAAAACGCGGAGGAGAUUUUUGAAUACGCGGAUCAGUACCGCGGAAAGUAUAGUGACUGGGUCGAAGCAGCGCAAACGGAGUACAACUCUACCGGGUACGGCGACGAGCUCAUGUGGGGCGCCACGUGGCUGUACUUCGCGUCGGGAGAUUCAAAGUACCUGGACUACGUGGUCGGGCCCAACUCGUACAUCUUCGAGACGAACCAGUGGGGUCCCGGCACCAAGACAUUUGACUGGGACAACAAGUCCCCCGGCGUGCAGGUGCUGAUGACGCGGCUGCUGAUGCUCGGGUACGGGGCGGGCAACGAGGGGCAGAUCCCGCAGUACCUGCAGACGUACCUCAACGCCGCGAAGCUCUACGUGUGCCAGCACACGCCGCACUGGCUGCACGCCAACUUCACCGACAGCGGCGGGCUGAUCUACGUGAGCGACGACCAUCCGAUCCAGUACGCGGUGAACGCGGGGUUCCUGUCGGUGCUGGUGAGCGACUACCUGCGCAUCGCCAUCAAUGCCAACGUCUCCUCGCACUACCUCGACUGCGACGCCACCAUCGACGACAUCGUCGACUUCGCCGCCUCGCAGGUGAAUUACAUUCUGGGCGACAACCCUCAGAAGAUGAGCUACAUGGUGGGCUUCGGUGACAACUACCCCACGCGCGUGCACCACAGAGCCGCCUCCAUCACGUCUCGGCAUGUGGACCCCACGCCCUUCGACUGCGUCACAGGCCGCAAGUUCAAGAAGUCCAAGUAUCCCAACCCUAACGUGCUGGUGGGAGCAAUAGUGGGCGGUCCAGCCCGCGACGACUCCUACCUGGACGACCGCACAAUCCCCCAGCAGAGCGAGCCUCUGCUCUAUGUCAACGCUGUCUUCGCCGGGCUCCUCGCCAGCCUGGGUGCUUUCCGCAGCGGCAACAGCCCUGGCAACUCGCUCACGCGCAUGUGGGCGCAGAUUCCCUGGGCUAAGAAGUAUGCUGAGUCCCUUGAGGAGCUCAUUCCCAAGCCCUACCCCUCGCCACCCAAGCCGCCCGUCUCCCCUCCCCCCUGGAGGACCCCUCCCCCCAAGGCCCCCAAGUUCCCCCCGAAGCGGAACGCGCGUGCCGCGCUAAGACCGUCUUACUCCGCGCCGAUCCUGGAUGCGGAUCGGCGGUGGGGGUGGCGGAACAGUCCGCGCAUCACUUCCGCGCGCACACCGUUUUCCAUGGACGUCUUUCCGCCCAUCCAUCAGCUUCCGCCUUCCGCCGCCACUACUGCCCCUUCCGCCUCCGCCUCCUCUUCCGCCUCCGCUCCUUCAAUCUCCGCCUCCGGUUCCGCUCCUUCCGCGACUUUCCCUUUUGCCGCCUGGUUCUCGUCUCUUCCCGCCGCCGUGCUCCGCCUUCCUCCGUCCUUCUGCUCCGCGCUAUCUAUCCGCAAGUCCUCGUUCGUCCCCACACUCAUCGUCGCGCUCCUCCUAACUCUCGCCGCGUCGCGCUUUGUCUCGUUCCCCAACGCGUCCCGCGUGCCGUCCUCCCGCGCCGCCCAUGUCGACGCGGAUGCGCUGGGGGAAGCCGGCCACGUGACGGAGGGGGGCGCGGAGGGGGGCGCGGAGCGGUGGGGGCAGGGAGAGCGCGGAAAGACCAGUGCGCAAGAAGGGCACGUGGUAGGGGCAGAUAGAGGCGGAGCGGAUAGGCCAGGGGCGCAUGCGGAAGGGGCGGAAGGACCAGAGGCGCAUUUGGAAGGGGCGGAAAGACCAGCGGUGGAAAGGCCAGGGGUGUAUGGGGAAGGUUCUGCUGGUGAAGGGACGCGCGGUGGCGACGUUUCUAGCCAGUCUGGUGGUUCGUUGGGCAAGGGAAGCGCGGAAGCGGAAGGUGUGAGUGAGGGGAGAGAAGAGGGGGGACCGGAGCGAGGAGAGCAGAUUGAUAACGAAGGCGAUUCGAGUGAUUUGGGUGUGGGGCAGGGUAACGGAGGGGAAGAUGGCGGAGGUUCCAGUGGAGCUGUGGCAGCGGAUGGGAGGUGCUUGGUAUGUGAGCAGUUAGCGAGGCUGCCUUGUAUCGAGGAUGCACCUCACGUGAGGUGGUUACCAGAUAGAAGUAACAAGGGUGGAGGGGGCGACGAUAGCGAAGCGGGCGAACGGGGGGGUGCGGAUGGUGGGGUUAAGGAAGGGGAGGAGGCGAAGAGGGAAUGGGUGUGGGACGACAGAGAUAGCAGCGGCAGCGACAGCAUUAAUGGGAGUACCCUCAACAGAAGCAGCAGCACCACCAGCAGCAACAGCAGCAGCAGCAGCAAGGGAAGACAGUGCGUAUUCCACAAGAUGGCAGGCGGAGAGGCGUUGAGGCAGCUGGCAGGGACAUGGAUCGUGGUGGCUGGAGACUCUGAGUCCCAACAAGAGCACGUAUUCGUCCCAACCUCACCCAACUCCCUCUCAUCCCCUCCAUCUUCUGGCGCCCCUCCGCCGCUCCCAACCGCAUGCCCAGACGUUGUGAUUCUGGGAUCGGGCCUGUGGCACAUGCUGUGGGUGACAGACCCGCAGCACUUUGCAGCAGAGCUUGCUGUUCUCCGCUCCACCGUGCUGCGCCUGCUGAGAUCCCCGCGCUGCUCCGGCUCUCUGGGUGUCUCUGGUGGUGAUGGUGAUGGUGAUGGUGUUGCUGGUGCUGCUGGCGAUGGUUAUGGUGCUGCUGGUGGUGGUUAUGGUGCUGACGGUGGUGGUUAUGGUGAUGGUGGUGGUGCUGGUGGCGAGGGCAGUGGAAGCGAGGGGGUCGGCGGUGUGGGUGAGAGAGGGGGAGAGGCACGAGGAGAGAGUGUGGAUGAAGUUGCGGUGGCUGUGGUGGAGGGAAUGAGGAGAGCUGCUGCUAAGGAAGGGAGUAAGGUAGGUGGAAAUGUGGAUAAGGAGGAGGAGGAGGAGGAGGUGGUGGAGGAAGGAGAGGUAGAGGAGGAGGAGCAGGAGCAGGAAGAGGAGGGAGGGGGAGGAGAGGGGGUUGCUGUGAAGAGGAGAAAAGGGUUGGUGCAGUGGGAUAGGAUGGGUGGGAAGGCUGGUGAGGGGAGAAUGGGCAAAAAUAUUGAAAAGGGGGUGGGAGCAAGGCGGAGUGUACAGGAGGAGGGUGCAUCAGGGGAUGCUGAGGACGCAAGAAGAAGAGGUGAAGAGACAGGAAUAGGGGCUGAGGAGGCGAGGAAGCAUGAGGUAGAUGAGCUGAUGGAUGGACGUUUGGAGGGGAAUGGUUAUGGUGAAGACGGGGUCGCAGGCUUUGGUGCAGAGGGGGAUGAUGAGGAGGAGGUGAAGCAAGGAGGAGAGAGCGGAGACGAAAGGGUGGAGCCUGGGGUAGUGAGUGGGGAGGACAGUGAGGAGGAGUUGAGAAGAGAUGCGAGUACAAGACAGGAGGAGUGGAGGGAAAGGGGAGGGGUGAGUGGAAGAGUGGGAGAGAGGCAGAGUGAAGGUGAGGGACUGGGGUUUACCGGCGGGGAUGAGAAGGGAGAGGUUGAGAUGGUGGAGAUGGAAGAGGGCGUUGGGAUGGGAGAGGAGGAGCAGAAAGAGGGGGUUGGGGGAAAGUUGGUGGGAACACCUGGAACUCAUGAGGAAGAAGGGACGGUUGGAGGUGCUUAUAGAAUGGAGGGGAGAGAGGGGGGAGGAGAGGGAGAGGGUGAGGGGUUGGGGGAGGGGGCAGGAGUGGGAGUGGGGAUGGAUGAGGGAGAAGUGAAGGGAGAAGCAAAGAUAUGGAAUAAAGAAGAAGAGGAGGAAGAGAAGGAGCAAGGGGAGGAGCAGGAGAAGCAACAGGCAGGGGAAGGAAAAGCAAUAGAGGAGGGGGGAGAUCCCAAGGGGAGGGCAGGAGAGAGUGGGGAGGAAGGCAGCGAGGAAGACAAGAAGGAGAAGGUGGGGGGAGAGAAGGAGAAUGAGAAGGAUAACGAGGGGGAGGGGAAGGAGGAGGAGGAGGAGCAAGAGGAGAAGGAGGAAGAAGAAGGGCAAGAGGAGAAGGAGGAGGAGGAGAAUACAGUGGUGGUGCGUGGAGCGCCACUCAUGCAGCCGCUCUUCUUCUGGCUGGGUUUGCCAGAGCUCAUUCAGUCGCGACUCAACACGGAGAGGAAGAGGGAGAAGAUGUCCCCGCGCAUGGUGAACCUGUAUGAUGCGGUGGUGCAACGGAGUGGACUGCUGGUGGAGAGAGCACGUGGGAAGGUGGGGGGCAGUGUGGCGGGAGGAGAGAGAGGGAGUGAGGAGGAGGAAGAGGAGGGGAGCGAGGAGGGGGGAGAGAGAGGGGGUGCGGUGGAGAGCGGGACAGAUAGGAAAAGGGGUGGUGGGAGCAGUGGGUUUAGGGAUGGUGGAGGUGAAAGAGGGGACGGGAGGGAAACAGUGAAGUUCAGUCAGGUGGAGGAGCUGGGACCUUGUGUGCUGCUGCCGCUGAGGGAGCUGAGUAAGGGGUGUGGUGAAUCGUGCACUCCGGAUGGCAUGCACUAUAACGAUGAUACGUAUGCUGCUGCCGUACAGGUCAUGCUCAACCAUGCUGCUCGCUUGCUGUAA